UCCACCGUUUCAAAAACGAAGGCUGAGGCUCCCUACUGUUUCUCUCUCUUCUUGAAGUCAACCGAAAUCAAUCUCAAAUUCUCAUUUUCUCACUCUCUCCCUCAACUUCACUUAUUGCUGUCUCUCUCUCUCUAUACAAAUCCACAAUCAUGGCAGACCAGAGCACAAACCCUUCAAUCAUGGAGCCAAAGCCACCACAUCCACUACACCAGAUAGCAGAAACUCCAACCCACAAGCUCCUUUUGAAGCAAUGGCUCAAAGAAGAGGAGCUAAUCCUAAACAGGAUCAAUCUUAAAGAGACCCAAAUUGAUUCAGUCCGCAAAGAGAUCACGCAGCUCUACAUCUUCUUCUUUCUCUUCCACUCCAUUGCCUUGCUCCUCCUCUUCAAUGCCUCCUCCAGAGACCCACCUGGAAGUGGGUCCUCUUGCAAGAGAUCAUGGAUCCCAUCAUUGUGUUCUCUUUUGUGUUCUUUGGGAAUAACCUGGGCCGUUCGAUACAAAACUGAUGUAGAACUCCACUUGGAGAAGUUGUUGGAGAGAGAGAAAGAGGACGGGAAGUUGUUGUCUAAGUGUGUAGAAGAACUAAAGAAGAAAGGAAUGGAAUUCGAUCUUUUGAAAGAAGUUGAUGCGCUUAGGAGAGCCAAGAGUUUGCGGGUGGAAGCGAAGGUUGUAAGAAAGUGGUCUGCAAGGGAUUUUGUGACUCUUUUUUUCUUCACCGUAUCAUGUCUGGUUUUGGGGUUGACAAGAAUCAUUUUGUGUAGUUAGGCUUUUGGGGAUUUUGAAUUUAAUUAUCUGUUUUUUCAUGGCAGAAGAUUUCUUGUUGCUGCUACUUAAUUGAAAUUGCAGAACAUUCAGAGAAGCAUAAGUUAAUUAUCUGUUUUCAGUUAAAAUGAAAUAACUGUUCGAUUUAUGUUAAUAUCUUUGAUUUCUAUUGCAGAGAAGCAUAAGUUUCAUGGCUGAACCAUGUUAAUGCUUUAGGCUUUAAUUGUCUGUUUGUUUCACUACUUUCUCAACUUUUCUAUUGCAUUGUAACAAGGAUGAGAAUGUAUGUUAACAUUUCAGUUCGAAAGGAUCAUCUUUCGUCAA